AUGACGGCUCCAUCGGACGAGAAGCGAGAACUUCAGCUCAUUGAGAAGGUUGAAUGGCGCAUCUUGUCUGCUUCUUCCGAUGAUGAAAAAUUGGAUCGGCUCUUGAAGGUCUACCUAGCUCCGCUCCUUCUGAAGGCAGGCAGCGAACAUGUCGCCGUUCGCAAUAAGGUGAUCUCGACAUGUCAAACUAUCAACAAGUUCAUCAAGUCCCCAAGCAUCGUUCUCCCCGUCGCCGCACUCCUGGAUCAGUAUAAAACGACCGCGUCUCCUCUCAUCAAACACUUCGACUUGGUCUACAUCCAGCACAGUGUGGGAAGGCUAAGUCCAGAUGAGCAGCGGAUUCUGGUUCCCAAAGCCCUUCAGGGUAUCAGCACCUCCUCAACUACAACAUUCAGCCAACUUUUCAACAUCGUACUUCGUCUCCUUCAAGCCGUUAAAAUUCCACAACGGGGAAGCAAGGAGGAUCUUAGCUUUCGAGAAGCGCUGGGUCUGACACAGCCUGAAGAUGCCAUGCUCCUUGCAGAAUGGUUUGGGAAGCUGCUGCUUCUUCGAGUCAACUCAACGGGAGCAUUACCAUCGCCCGGUUUGACAGAUGCCGAUGUCCACUCCUUAACCCUGGGAAAGCCGGGAACGUGGGAUCCGAGUACAGGAGGACUGAGCCUGCCCGAAACACGGAUUCGGGUAGUCCACCUAUUGGCAAGUGGUGCCUUUACUGACGCUGAAAAGUUCAUGCCUGCCUUGUACGCUGCAGCAAGUACCGACUAUCGUGUGUCUGGUGUUGGCGAGGAUAUGCUCAAGCGUAGCUCAGUCUCAUUAGAGGAUCAAGCCCUCCUCCAGAAACUCUUUGAUCAACACAUGAAGCUGCCUGCAGCGUAUCGAAUUCGCAUUCUUAAUCUCCUUAGCAAGUCGGAGCUAGCAACUACUUUCACCGAUGCUAUUCUUGCGGUUUUUCGCCACAACGUCGUCCUUAAAGCUGAGCCGGCUGAUGAUAUACAACAUGAUGGCAGUUUAUCAACGGCAAAGCCCUCUGGAUUGGAAAAAACCAGGCUUCACCGGGCUUUGUUUGAGUUUAUCAACUGGGUGGCUCGAAUAGGGCCUGGGAAGGCAGACUACAAUUACGUGGGCCCUCCUUUGGUGACGCUUCUGAAGGAGUUUGUCGCGGACCAAGGCUGGCCAAAACCACAGCGUCAGUCACUGGAUGACAUUGCUCUGCGUUCAAGAGCCUACGAGACUAUUGGCCUGCUGGCUAAGGGCACUUCGAUGUCAGAAUCCGACAGACUAUCUCUUGCUGGAUGGCUAUUUCGCUCCCUCAGCGAAGAUCCAACGGCUGACGUGGCAGUCAGCAUCGAUGAGGCUUUGUCGAGCCUUACCGGCCUCUUCAAACCGCCCCAUAGCUUGGCAGUCAGUACGCAGCUACAUUCCAUUCUUCUCACCUACAUGACUCUCCAAGAUGGCGAGGGCGAUACUGUCCGGAGUGUCCGACAUGCUGUGACAAGAUGGGCAAACCGUUGUCUGCCCUUUUCUGAUGUGUAUGCCCGCUGGAUAGACAUCCUUGCGAUCUCAGGUCGCUCCGGCGAGCGCAGCGAAGUAAUUGAAGAAGGUCAUAAAGGGCUCGAUCCCUGGACGUAUUAUGCAAACGACGAUGGUCACACAGACCUUCCGGAUUGGCAGCAGAUGACGAAAGCAUUUUUCAUGGAAACCAUUGCGCCCGUUAAACCCUUCUCGCGUUCUGAAGGCGAACGGAUGGACGUUAAUGACUACAAUCCCUUUGUUAACUUCUCAGCAGAAUCGAUAGGAGCCUUCCCCGUGGCUGUUGACUACUGUCGCCGAAUCCUUUUUCUAACGGCCCUCGGAAGUUUUAAGCUAGAGCCUGGUUGGGAAAGGCGUUUAGACAUCAUCGUUCAGUCAGACCUCCCAUCGCGCGUAGCGAUUCGCAAGUAUCUGACUGGCUUCGCACACAAAGGUAACCCCCUUAUCAUCCUUCUCCGCGCAGCAUUUGAAGGCAUGGUACAGCCAGAUGAUCUUAAAAUGGCGGAGUCUUGUGCUCAGUCAUUCGUGGAUAUUGCCUCGUUUUCUCCAAGCAGUGCCUUGGAGCUAUUAGCUCCUCGUUCAACCGAACUGUGGCCUCUGAUCUGCUCAAACAAAAAGGAGUUACGGGCUUUGGGGGCCAAGGCAUUUGGCAUCCUUGCAGCACAUCCAUCUGUUAGCCUCAAAGAAGCCAGGCAGCUAAAGAUCAGAUUGAUCAAAACUGCAAGCGCCUAUGCUUCUUCGGUUGGGUCAGACCUCAAUGCCGCUGAAGGGUCAUUCCUUGCCCUCGGUCACCUCUCCUCUCGGCUAAUCUACUACUCACGCCUGGACAUCACUGGCGAAAUCUCUGAUGUCGGCCAAACUUUUCCUCCUCUCUCAAUCCUCGCGUCGACUUCUUUAUCUACCCAGGAAGCGUUGUUUGAUGCAUAUGCUCAGCUAUGGACAUCGGGCAUAUUCAUCAUGAAACAAGACACAAAUGACGAGAGUUUUCGGGAUAAAGUUUUGACUCAAUUCGUUGAACCGCUCAUGAAUCAAGGAAAAAAGGGAAAUGAGAAGGCAAUAGUCGCUCUUGGACGCUUGGCGAUUGCUCUCAGAUCUUCCAUGGCACCCUUUCCACAGGGCAAAGCGGAAGAAAUUCUGGACCUCAUCCUAGAAAAGCUCUAUUCUUUGUAUGAGAUCAAGCAAUUAGAAACCCAGUUUGCCAUCGGAGAAGCCAUUACCGCAGCAGUAGGAUGCUGGGACGCCGAUGUCGUUCAGCUCACCAUCGAUGUGGAAAUUGGAGAAAAUGGACUUCAACUCCCACGACAGUCGAAUCGGCUAACAGCAGUUCUUCAAAAGCUAUUCACAGACUGCAAACAAACGAAGCCGUCAUUACUCAAGGCAUCUGGCAUCUGGCUCUUCUGCCUGAUCCAGUAUUGCUCGCAUCUCGAUGAAAUUCAAUCAAGACUCAGAGAAUGUCAGCUCGCCUUCAUGAAACUGUUGAGCGCAAGAGAUGAAGUAGUACAGGAGACAGCGUCGCGCGGACUAUCUCUUGUGUAUGAAAAGGGGGAUGCUACUCUUAAAGAGACUCUCGUCCGCGAUCUUGUAUCGACAUUCACUGGAUCAGGACCACAGCUCAAGGUCGAUCACGAGACUGAACUUUUUGAUACCGGUGCCCUUUCUACAGGCGACGGCAAGUCAAUCACUUCCUACAAGGAUAUAAUCAGCUUGGCAAAUGAAGUUGGCGACCCCAGCCUUGUUUACAAGUUCAUGUCAUUAGCAACCAACGCGGCAACCUGGUCGACGCGGUCAGCGUUCGGGCGCUUCGGGCUGAGUAAUAUUCUUUCAGAAUCCGAGGUGGACCCGAAACUGUAUCCAAAGCUCUAUCGGUACAGAUUCGACCCAAACCCCAACGUUCAGCGCUCAAUGAACGAUAUCUGGAAGGCCAUAGUCAAGAACCCAGGAGCUGUUCUUGAACAUCACUUUGAGAGCAUCAUAAGUGACCUACUGAAGAGCGUUCUUGGUAGAGAAUGGCGCGUUCGAGAGGCUAGCUGUGCUGCCAUUGCCGAUUUGCUUUCUGGACGCCCAUUUGAGGCGUAUGAGCGGUACUACAAAGACAUUUGGACCGUUGCCCUGAAGGUUCUGGACGAUGUCAAAGCGACAGUGCGUACUGCGGCAUUCCAUCUCUGCAUCUCUCUUUCCAAUACCUUAGUGCGGCAGCUUGAGGAGUCAGGAUCAACCAUCACAUCCCAGGCCAUGAUGAAUCAGGCGCUUCCGUUCCUUCUCUCUGACAAAGGCAUAGAGAGUGGUGUCCAAGAAGUCAAGAUAUUUGCCACUAUUACCGUGAUCAAGAUUGCCAAGAGUGGCGGACGGGCUCUCAAGCCAUACAUUCCCAUGAUGGUCCCUCACUUGCUUGGACUGCUGAGCACAAUUGAACCCGAAGCCAUAAACUACCACUAUCAGAGAGCAGGAGAAGACAAUCGCGAGAGGAUCGACAAGCUACGCAGUGCUAUGGUCUCUCAGUCUCCCAUUGCUGAGGCUAUUGACAACUGUCUGCGUAAUGUUGACGAUACUGUCAUGCGAGAUCUCGCGCCAGUUCUUCUGGAUACCGUGAAAACUGCGCUUGGUAUGCCCACGAAGAUUGGGUGCUCUCGUGUCCUCUCGACCCUUUCAACACGUCACUCUCUGUCGUUCGCUCCCCACGGGCCAUCGUUCCUCACCCUUCUCGAGAAAGAGGCACUCUUUGACCGCAAUGACGAGGUUUCAGCUCACUAUGCCCGCGCAGCUGCCUACGUCCUGCGUGUUUGCCCUCCUCAAGCCCAGCAGUCCUUUGCUGCCAACUUGUCUUCUCUAUAUCUGGCAUCUGAGGCUGAAACACGCCGUCAGAAAGUCGCUGACGCCAUCCUUGCGUUGGCUACCGUUUCUCCCGAUCACUUUUCUGCCCUGGAGUCUUUAUUACUACCAUUUGUGUUUCUUGGGAAGCAUGAUACGGAUACCUACGUCUCGACCGGGUUUGUGAAAGCUUGGGAUCUCCAUGCAGGGACAGGAACAAGGGUUGUGGCGAGGUACUUGAACGAAAUUUGCGUGCUUGCUGAUAAGUGCCUUGAGUCUGCGCAAUGGGCACUCAAGCAUGCCGGAGCGUUGUCGAUGGCAGCCGCUGUUGAUGCAGUCAUUGGCAAUGGAUCGCAGCCAAUUGUGUCUCCGGAAGCUUUGGUUGGGACAGUGUGGCCGGUGUACGACAGGGCACUAGCAUUAAAGACGUUCGAUGGCAAAGAUAAGUUGUUGAAGCCAUUCUCAAUGUUUGUCAAGGCUACCAGAAGUAAUUGGGAGUCGGACACCAAGUUUGCAAAAAGGAUAUGGAACGUGGCGGUACGGGAAGCAAAGCGGAAUAAUGAUGCCUAUCGGCCAUACGCUUUUGAGUGUUUGUGGCAAAUUGCCAGAGAGAGGGAAGAUAUUGAUGUUCUUGGAGAGAUUGUUGAUAUAGUCAGGGAGUUUCUCGUCCUAGAACGAGAGAAGGACAGUGAUUCGAUGGACAUUGAUAUGAUCACAACCAGCACGGGAGCAGGCAAGAAGGACAAAGCUAUACUGGAUUUGAGGACACAAACAGCUUGGGCGGCAAUUCAAGCCGUGAUGAAAGGAUACAACAGGCCUAAGAUGAGGAGAGACCCCAUCACAGUGCUCCACGAAGCUGCCUCGGCACUUGAAGCUGCUGCCGGCAAGUGCAAGACCCUCAACGCUCGGUCACCUUGUGUGGCACAAGAAGAAUACGCGGUGAUCAGAAGAGGACCUUGGUACGACUGUGUCCGGGAGGUUCUGGAAGAUGCUCUUUCCGGUGGUCAAGGGGAGGUCGCUUCAAGUUUGCAGCAGGAGGGACCUGGUGUGGUGGAAGUCAUGGAGUGGUUCAUUCACACCUUGGAUUUUGGCGCUAAGGAUGGAGGAACAGAAAACCACCGUCUCGCGAGAGCAAGAGCGGCCAAAGCUCUCAUUCAGUUGGUGAAUUCGAAAGUUUCCCCCGUAGUGAGUGCCGAGUGGAAGAGUGAAGUCAAGGGCUUGCUAGAAAAGACACUCUCCCAAGAAAGAUCACUGGAUGUCCAAACGACUUUGAGAGAGUGCUUGGACUUACUGUUCAAGGUUUAG